AAUAUUACGCUGAUUAUAACCCUUCUUACUAAGCGAAUAUUUAUUUGCAAGGGAAAGUAUGAAAAUUAUAGGAUUUAACCUCUUUCUAACCACGUGCAUGUAUAUUUCUGCACGUGUAAAUGGAGACUGUAACACGCAAGACCAAUGUUCGUGCAUGUUCGAUGACGGAAGUUACGUGUACCUGAAUAGCCUUGGAAACACCGACGAAACGGCAAAGUUCCCGGGCGUAAAGGGCUCUGAUGGAAGCACUUAUUCCUACAACCCCUGCUUUCCUUUUAACGGAGCUGGUAAUUGCCAAGGAGCAGCAGCUUGUGAAACGAAUACGAUUGGAGAUUCAGAGACGAUAGCCACCCAGCAAACAGCCCAGUUCAGUCAGAGUGGUGACUCGCUGGCAGUCGGCUACACCUCUGGAAGGGGAAUUCUCACAACCACUCAAGUAAAUCUUGUUUGUGAUAAAAGCGCUUGUGAUGCAAGUAUAACUGCCCAAGGGUCAACCGGUCCAAACGCAUACACCUUAACCUUAAAAACAGUUUGUGCAUGCCCAAACGGAUGCGACGAAAAUGGGCCUAUUAACUGCAAACCUGGGGGAGGAGGAGGAGGAAUCGGUGGUGGAACUAUUUUUCUUAUAAUACUCCUGGUUAUUAUAGCAGUAUACGUCAUAGGAGGUGUUGCGUUUCAGAAGUUUGUCCGAAAAGCACAGGGCAAAGAAAUUAUACCAAAUUAUGAAUUUUGGUCCAAUACACCAAGGUAUUUGAAGAGCGGUUUGACGUUCUGCUUGAAACCAUGCACGAAAAAGUCUGGCAAAUACGAAUCCAUCUAAGACAGCAAUUGUUGAAGCUAUUUUAUUAUAAGUAUAGUUGUUAUUGUCGCUCGGGGAGAAAGGUUAUUGUAUGUUUGGUUUUUGUAUUUCUGUGUACGUUUUUUUUGUGUUAUUAACGUCGCGACGUCAGUAAAGAAUAUGUUUCAAUGUUGUACCAUGGUAGACCAAGUGAUUCAAAUAGACCAGUAAACAUUGUUAACUG